AUGGUGGCAACUUCUCGGCUCUACAUCCCCAAGGCACUUGGUGGGGGUUCAUGCAAAGCUAUCCGCCUAUCCUCGAUUCGAUUUGGUCAGCAUCUGAUACCAAAGAGUUUCCCAACCCGGCGCACGUCAACGAGCUUGUGUGCGAAACAGAACGUCCGGAAGCAGAUUGAGGAUAAUCCGGACAAGGGCUGUGCCAUUACGGUCUACUUUUUUGGCCUCGCCAUGUGGACUCUGAUGAAACUUGCCCAUGACUGGGCUUUGCUGGCAGAUGUAGCAGAAGACUUUACACUAGUGAUCGGGGUGCUUUCAUGGGCUUUUCAGUUGCUGGCAUCCUUUGCAGCCUUAUACUGGGCAGCUGCUGUGACCGACGUCUUUGUCUCCAGAGUGCCUGAAGGUAAUGGUGCUUGCUAUUACCAACUGCAGCCUUUCGCAACUUUGACGGCCUUGGGUGCGGCGCUUUUGCUGCUAUACUUUAGUCAUGUGAAGAUGAACAACUUGGUCCUAUCCCUUGUGAACUACUAUUGCAACAUAUUCAACAUGCCAUACGGGGCAGUUAAGGGCAUAGCUGCGUCGCAGCCUUUGCUGACCAAAGGAUUGCAUGGAGAUUCCGAUGUUCUACCUUCGCCAUAUCAGCAGCUUGAAUUUCGAAACCGGAAGCGGCUGUGCAUUUUCGCCAGAAGUAUUUUUUUUUUGUUUUGGUUGUUGUUGUUUGGGCUAACUCUUCCGUUCGACUUCUUUGGGAACCUCUUCCUGCGAGUGACAGAACUGGCUGUCAGCCAAGCUUGGUCUUUGGCCCCCGUGGUGUUCCUCAAACUUGCCACUCUGCUGGCAGCUGCUGCGACUCCGGUCAUUGGUGGCGCUUUGGCAGCUUCUAUGCUCGUUACUGUGAUAAAGGAGGCUCUUGAAGACUGGCGCAGUCUUCGGGCCAUUGACAAGCUCACAGUAUCUGCUCAACUUCUCCUUUCUACUGCAUUGCUUCUGUUGGCGUUGAGCACCUCUGGCGCUGCGGAGGGUUUGAAGGCAGGCCCGCAGUACUGGGCAAAGGCCCGGCAGAUGGCCAAAAGCGCCGGCAAAGGCGCUGCGGAGCGUUUGAGGGCAGGCUACAACUUUUUCUCGGGUUUGGCUGAUGGAUUCAAGGACCGGGACAUUUUGGAGCCAGAUCUCAAUAACAGCAACCUCAGCAAUGGAACCUGGAGUUUGGCAGUGGAGAUGAUGGACAAAGCCGAGAACAUGUCCGCAAUGGCAAAUAUGACGGAGUGGAACGGUUCUUUGCUGAACAUGGAGACUGAAGAAAGUGUGGAGAAAGUGGAGAAUGUGGAGAAAGUGGAGAAAGUGGAGAAAGUGGCAAUGACACGAUGAAUGAGAUUGACAAUGAAUCCUCAAUGCAUGGCCAUGGCGCCCAUGCCGGAACGGGCAACAUGGGCUUUGGAGCACUUGGAUCAGUAUGACAACGAGUCUGUCAAUGACUCUGAGAACGACCCUGCCAAGUGUCACCGGCAAGUUUUCACUCCAAAGGCAAAGAACAUCUUCAAACUGAUUGUUCCAGCCAUAGAAUGAGUCCUGUACUGUUAUAGCAUGUCAUGAUAUGGCAUUUCUGUUACUCAUGUUUCUAGAUGAUAGAGUCUUUUCCAUGUCCUUCUGAGUGUAGUGAACAGCUUUGCUGGUCCUUGGUGCUGAUUGUCUGAUUGUAGAAUGUCAUUCCGAGAGGCUAAGUCGGCUAAGUUCACCCAUUCGAAGUGGGAAGUGGGGUCUGGCAAGUAGUGGCUGCAGUAGGGUGUUCGAAUCUCGGAGUGUGGGUGAGGGACAGGGGUGGCGUAGGACUAUUCGAUUCCUUGGCCUGUGCUGCGGAGGCAGUCUUUCUGUUUUUUUUUGUGUGUUUGUUCCACGGAAAUUUCUUUCGAUCUAAGGCCGGCUUUACUUUCCUUCCUUCCCAGGUGUGAUUUCUAUUAGACUAUAAUUCAUGACGCCUCUUCCCAAUUCUUCAGGUCCUGACAAAUGUCAUGACGGAUUGUCAUGUCGGUCCGACAUACCAAGAGUGUUGUUGCAUCUGUGAAACCCAGAUUUAAGCCAGAUGCCAUGCAUGCCACUGGUGAAUUCUUCUUUCGUUGCUAGAGAUACUAGGGUCCCAUUGCAAAGAUUGCUGAUUUGUUUUUCCGUUGGGGUCACGGAAGUACCCUAGGGAUUUCAAGAAAAGUGCCGGUGCGGCAGCGCGGCGCCGACAAACGCUUUUGACACUCUUGCAGCGACAGACGACAGACCGGCGCAUUUGGAGCAUUCGCACAAGGACGCAAGUGUCUGGAACAGCCGAUUGGUGGCCUAAUUAGUUCUUCACUGGAUGUUAACAUCCAAAGGAAUCCAAAGUAUCUUUGACACAAUGCAAUCCUGCAUCCCUGCAAUGCUUGAAUUUUGGCACCAGGA